ACCUUGGUCUGCACACAUGAACAGCACUAAUGGUUCUCCGGUCAGGGAGGCUAACUACUCCCCCAACGUCCUUAUGGGCUCCCUCGUCCGCGAGGAAGGCCAUAUAUAUUCUCUUGCCGCCUCCGGUGAUUUGCUUUACACGGGCUCGGACAGCAAGAACAUCCGCAUUUGGAAGAAGCAGAACGAAUUCUCGGGCUUCAAGUCCAACUCCGGGUUGGUCAAGGCGAUUAUAAUAGCUAAUGAGAAAAUAUUCACGGGGCAUCAAGAUGGGAAGAUUAGGGUAUGGAGAGUGUCGACUAAGAACCCUAGCAUGCAUAAACGUAUAGGAACCCUUCCGACUCUGAAGAACUUCAUAAAGUGCUCGAUGAAGCCGAGUAGCUACGUUGAGGUGCGACGGCACAGCCACAAGGUUUUGUGGAUCAAACAUUUCGACGCGAUUUCGUGCUUGAGCAUGAGCGAGGAUAAGAUGUUUCUCUACUCGGCGUCGUGGGAUAAGACGUUUAAGGUGUGGAGGGCGUCCGAUUUCAAGUGCUUGGAGUCCAUCAACGCUCACGACGACGCCGUUAACGCGCUAGUGGUGGGGUUUGAUGGUUUAGUUUUCACCGGUUCGGCCGACGGAACCGUCAAGAUAUGGAGGAGAGAGCUACAAGGGAAAGGGACCAAACAUUUCUUCUCGCAAACGCUGUUGAAACAGGAAUGCGCGGUAACGGCGCUCGCGGUGAACCCGGAAGCGACGAUUGUGUAUUGUGGAUCGUCGGAUGGUCUGGUUAAUUUCUGGGAGCGGGAAAAGAAUCUCCAACACGGCGGCGUUUUGAGAGGUCACAAGUUGGCUGUGCUAUGUUUAGCGGCGGCAGGGUGUUUGGUGUUUAGUGGCUCGGCGGACAUGGGGAUAUGCGUGUGGAGACGGUCGGAGGGGGACCAUAUUUGCUUAUCGGUGCUGACAGGGCAUACCGGACCGGUCAAGUGUUUAGCGGUGGAGAAGGAUCAUGAGGAUACUCCGGCAGAGACGCGGUGGAUUGUGUAUUCUGGGAGUUUGGACAAGUCGGUGAAGAUGUGGAGGGUUUCGGAGCAAGCGCCGCCUAUGGUACCGAACCAGAAGCACCAGCAUUACACGUCGGACGGAUACUGCGUGCCGAUGUUGAGCUCCGCCCCUAGCUUCGCCUCUCGCAGUAGCUUCACCUCUCGCGGUGGAAAAAUGGGUUCCAGAAGACUUUAGGGUUUAAUUUAAAUAUAUAUACGUACCCUUUCUUCUUUAUUUUCUUCUUGAUCUGAUUAUACAACACUGAAGAUUGUAUGAUUUGUGCAUUGUAUUGUGGUAUCGGUGUAAAACUUCACACACUUGUGCAUGCUAAUUGAUCAUGAGAACGUAAACUGAUCGAUCACCUAGCUAACAUAUAUCUCGAUCAUU